UUGUCUGAGAGUGAAGAUUCUCAGGAUUCAUCAGAUAGCAUAGGCUCUUCACAGAAAGCUCGAGGCAUCUUAGCUCGUCGUCCCUCUUACCGGAAAAUUUUGAAAGAUCUUUCUUCUGAAGAUACACGUGACAGAAAAGGAGAUGAGGAGAGUCCUGGUGUCUCUACUGUUACAUCUAUGUCCGUUCCCACACCCAUCUACCAGACAAGCACUGGACAGUACAUUGCCAUUGCUGCCAAUGGCUUGCAGCUGGCCAGCCCAGGCGCCGAUGGUGUGCAGGGUCUGCAGACACUGACGAUGGCCAAUGCUGGUGGUGCUCAGCCUGGAACAACGAUACUGCAGUACGCACAGACAUCAGAUGGUCAACAGAUCCUUGUACCCAGCAACCAGGUGGUAGUGCAGACUGCCUCAGGAGACAUGCAGACCUACCAGAUCCGCACCACCCCAACCACCACCUCCCUUCCCCAGACUGUGGUGAUGACAUCUCCUGUCACUCUGACAUCACAGACAAGUAAGACGGAUGAUCCACAGUUGAAACGAGAGAUACGGCUGAUGAAGAACAGAGAAGCUGCUCGAGAAUGCCGUAGAAAGAAGAAAGAGUAUGUUAAAUGCCUGGAAAAUCGAGUUGCGGUCCUGGAAAACCAGAACAAAACUCUAAUUGAAGAGUUAAAAACUUUGAAAGAUCUUUACUGUCAUAAAAGCGUGUAAGAAAAGAAGGUAAAACUUUGGACUGUUUAAAUUUCAGAGGAGAAUUUUUUUUUAUACUGAAUUUUUUAAACUAGAUGAAAGGUCAAAAAAUGAAACUUUUCUACCUAGAUUUCACAACUUAAAGACUCUAUAGAUUUUAUUUACAACAUGUUGGUGACAAAGUACAAAAAAAGGAAACAAGAAAACCUCACCAAAAUUCCUGCUGGCACAACUGGAAACUUUCUAAAGUCAAGAUUGCAUCAACAGUAAAGGACAGUCAGGUUUUACAAGGCAGGUGAUUAGAAUUUCUUCACAUACCUCUUGUAACAGAGGCAAUAUUUGGUUACAGUUAAAACGUGGAUGAUGUGGAAUCCUUGCCAUAGUUGACAUUCUUAGUAACAUUUGUAACCAGUAUAUGUUUUGAUUUCUUACUUUUUUUUUUUUUUUUUUUCAAUUCUUACUUUUUCUUUCAGUUCUUUGUAUGUAAAUAUUUUGGGUUUAACCUGUAAGUUGUUCUUUACAGGUGCAGAUGCUAAAAAGAAGCUCAUACUUUGCUAGAGGUAUAAAUUAUGUUUACUCUUUCUCAGCUGACAGUUUAAAAAGUUGGGGUUUUUCUUUUCAACGUUUGCUGUGUUUAUCAAAUUUGGGAAGGAUCUGCAGAAAGCGGCGAGAGGCCGAGUCCUGACAGUGUCUGAGGCGCAUGAACUAAGGGGUUGGCUUUCCUAAGAGAAUUCAACACGUCCAGUUAUUUUCUAGUACAGUGUGGUAGAACGAGUACUGGUGAAGAAAAGCUUCUGAAGAAUGAUUUCGCAACAGGUUGCUCUUAGUUGCUGGGCAUGAGAAACAUCUAGAAUUGAGAAACAAACCGUGUGCUGCCUGUAAAUACAACAGAACACGCGUUGCUUCUUCUGUCUGGAGGCUCUACUGUGCUUUGGAACAUUGAAACCAAAUAGAAGAAGAAUGCUAAAACACAAAAAUGGAAGAUAUAUACCAAAGGGUUACUGAGGUUCUAAUAUAUGGUUUAUAUGCUGAAAGUAGUGCAACAUUUCCAGACUGAUUUUGUAAGGUAGGUGAUAUUUUGCAAAGUAAUGGUAUCUUUGUAAGCAAAUACUCUAUUGAAAACAGGUAGAUGGUUGGUAUAUUUUGUAGCUAAAUUAGGAUCUUUACAAAUUCUGAAAUUGAGUUUAUAUACGUAUUUUGACAGUUUCUAUAUUUCAUUUUAGUAAACAAAUGAAAUAUUUUGUGAAGAAGCAGAUUUUCAAGCAUAUAUUUUUAUGGAUAGUACGAAAUCAAAUGAGAUCCUCUUUGGUGUAGGAGAUAUUUGAAUUAAUUUUGUAUGUCUGUAGGCAACUUGCAAAAAAAAAACCAUGGAUCCUAGAGAAUAUUGGGAAAAAAAGAGAAAAAAAGAGAUCAGGGCUUGUAUUCCCACAGCUGCUGAUAUCUGCACAUUCGAUCUGGUCGCUAUCAGAGAUUCUAGUUUGUCUGAUUUUAAUCUGUUUCAGGUGGCAGUUAAAUGUUUGACAUGAUCAGGAGUCUUUUGGGUGUGGAAUCUCCAUUCUUGGAGAUACCCAAAAGCCGCCUGGACGAGGUCCUGGGCCGCCGGCUCGAGCAGGGGGUGGGAGCCAGUGACCUCCCGAGGUGCUGUCCCACCUCCACCCUCCUGUGAUCCUGUGAAAUAGAAACAUGUGUAUGCAGUGCUUAUUGCAUGAAUAAUAACUACACUAUUUUCCAUAGUUAGGAUUGAAUCCUGCUUCCAGUUAUGUCAGUGGGAAUUGCACUAUGGACUAUGCUAUUCAAAAGGUGUUAGAGCUCCGUGUGUGUGUGUUGUGCUGGCUCCGAGCUGAAUGAAAUCAAGAGGUCUACUCACUCCCCAGCUGUCUACUGCUUCUCAUACGGCCAAACUGGAGAAUCCAUUUCUGUUUGCGAUCAUGUCAAAAGAGAGUGCUUUCCUUGCACAUCAGAAAUAGUGAGCAGGGUGGAAAUGUUUGUAGGCAACUGCUCCAAAGGAGGUGUUCGGUGCCUCCUGGUUCUGUUCGUGGGAUUUCAGGAAGAAUGAAGCCAUGAAACGUGCUUGGCACCUCCGGGAAUUGGACCUUCUCGCUCUGUCCCCCAUCAGGUCUUUGUGCGCUACUUGGCGUAUGUUGAAGAGGGUUUGACCUACAGUACUGCAACUAAUUUGGGAACUCCUCUGUAUGGGUUGUGAUCCUCACUGUGUGCUGUUGUUCCUUUACCUUCUUUUGUAAUACAGAAUAACAAGAAUAAUUAAAAAAAAGUUAUCAAGUGUUAAGACUGUAACAAAAUGGUGGCCCAUUCUUUCUGUAUUCAGCAAGUAAAACAUGUCGUGCUGCCAGACAUCAUGUUAGUACAUUUUUAUCCUCUUCAAGUAAGUGUUUUGGAAAGAGCAGCUUAUUUUUCAUCAUCGAAAUAUUAAACAGUAACAUGAGUUUGCUCUUUGAGUCGUCACUUAUCACGAAGUACUUACGUUGGAUUUACUUCACAAUCUAGAUUGUAAGAGAGUAAAAUCUGUAUCCUGAGAGUAAGAGAGAUAGAACCUACUACCGUUCUGCUGGUUAUUUCCAAACAGAAGUACAUUACAUGCUUUAUAUGAAUUGUAAAUACUUGUUGAAACAAUUAGAUGGUUGCAAAUUUUGACCUUGAUAAAUAAAGUCGCCAAAAUCUA